AUGGCAAUAUUUCCGGAUCAAAUAAAAAUAUCACGUCGUGAUGGUCAUGUAUUUCAUAAUAUUUUUCCUUUAACAUCUGAUUUGAAAGAUUCCACAUUAAGAAUAGAUGAAGGCAAACAACCAAAUGCUGUUAAUAAAAGCUAUAAGUUUUUUUCAAAUGAUAAUUGCCAACUUAAUGAAACUUUUCCUUUUAUAAAAUCGGAAUCCAAUAUUUUGAAAGGCAAAGAAUGUAACAAAAUAUACGACAAAGUACAAAAGUAUAAAAUAGGUUACAUUAGAAAAGAUGUUUCCUAUAAUUGUAAUAUUUCAACUGAAAAUACUAAAUUUUCACUUGGCGAUCAGGUUAAACUUAUAAAAACAUGGAAAGAGUGUGAAUUGAUUCCAUUAAUUUCAAUGAUAAUUUACAAGGCAGGAUAUAAAGUACCAGAAGAAAUACAGAAGUAUGUUAUACCUUUAAUCUUAAAAGGUAAAAAUGUGGCAGUUUCUGCUCGUGCUGGAUGUGGAAAAAGUAUCUCUUUUAUCAUUUCAAUUAUAAAUAGUAUUUUUGCCAUCAAGUCAAAAAUGGGAUAUCGAAGCGUUGCCAAAUCACCAUUUGCAAUUAUUGUUGUUCCUACACCUGAAUUAGCCUUACAAUUUUAUAAAAUAAUAACUAACCUGACUGCAGAUUUAGAUAUUUCUUGCUCAAAAGUGAUUGGAGGAAUUGAUUUUUAUUCUAAUGUAAAAGAAAUAUUUCAAGGAUGUGAUAUAGUUGUAGGUACAAUGGGAAGGCUUUAUACAAUGUUUUUAUACUCAAAACUUUGUUUCAAUUUAUUAAAAUAUUUAAUUAUUGAUGAAUUGGAUCUAUUCGUUCUUGAAGAUAAUUCAAAAGGAUUGAUAAGUCUUAUGAAUCUUAUUAGUAAUAACUUAAAAAAUUUAAGUUUCCAGGUGUGUACAUUCAUGUCUGUUUCAUCACCCAAGAUCACAGCAUUUCUACAAAAUUGGGCUAAAAAUAAUUUUAUUACAAUUGAAGAAAACAAUGAAAUUGCAUGCACUGAAAUAAAUUUUAUUAAUAAUCCGAAUAUUAUUCAUAAGUUAUAUUUUGUAAAAGGGAGAGAAGAAAAACCAAAUAAGCUUCUUGAAAUUAUAAAAAACAUAAGAACAAAGGAUAUUGUAGAAAAAUCAAUAUCAUGCACAAGAAUCAUUAUUUUUACCGAUAAAAUUAAUUGGUCCAAAGAGAUAAAAAAUUUUAUUUGCCAAGAAAUGCCAUCUGAAUUUUGUGAAGAAUUUAAUAGAACACUUUCUUUUCAAGAAAGAACAAAAUAUAUGAAGAUAUUUCAUAUGAGCUCAUUUGAAAUUCAAAUACUUGUUUCAACAGAUAUUUUAAGUCGUGGAAUUAGUGUUCCUUCAUUUUGUCACAUCAUUAAUUAUGAUUUACCUGUAUAUUUUAAAUCAUUUCAUCAUAGAAUUGGAAGAGCCAACAAUGGAAUGGCUCAUACAUUAAUUGAUGAAUGUGAUUCAUAUGAUUGUAGUCAAGUGCCAAAUUUAAUUAAUCUUUUAAUUUCUUCAAAUCAGCUUUCUUUACAAAUUACAAAUAAGUUCAACACUAUGUACAAAAAGGUGGCAACUUAA